UGAGGUUGAGUAGAUAAAAAAGUUUUGUUAAAUGAUAAAUUCAUCAUUGGCGUUACUAGGGGGGUAGUAAUGACGUCUAGACGUCCGAUAAAGAAAUUCGGGGGUCUCAAGAGUGCGACCCAGGCCGAAAUAUUGCGAGCUCACCAGAGGGACGAUGAAUUUGUCAGGGGAUUGAGGGAGAAAUUCCUGGAUUUAUUGCACAAUUUCGGGGGCUACAGAACACUUCUCCCGUUCAUUCAAUCGGAUAUUCUGUUGAAAUUAUUGUAUUUUGGGUUUACCUCGGGGAUUGGGAAUCAAACACUGGGGGAGGAGUAUACGGGCAUUGUUCAGGCUGACCUGGAGGCUCAUAGGGUGCCUUCGUUAAGUGCAAGAGUUCUAGCAGCCGUGUUAGAAUGUUUCGGGGAGCGAGGCUUACUCACUCUUUUAGAAAAGCUAAAAAAGAGCAUAAAUCACCCUCACAGUGAAUUACAACCCGAGGCAGUGAUUUUUCUAAAUUCUCUCAUCGAUAAACUAAAAACAGCGAUUCCCUUGAUGAUUCUCGUUCACAAGGGGUUGUUUUACAUUUACGGACACUAUUACAGCUGGGGGCGAAGAUUGACGGGUGUGGACUAUGCUAAGGUUUAUGGAAAAAGACCGACUGAUGGCAUCAGUUGGGGGUUGAGACUCCUGGGUCUGGCCACUCUUGCCCAGUGCGCUCUGAAAAUCUACCGUGGUGAGGAAAAAAUUGAUGGGGAUGACUCAUUGCUCCAAGAGGAAGAGGGUAAUAAAUGUCAACUCUGCCUGGAGGCAGUUCCAACAACGACGACUCCAUGCGGUCAUUUAUUCUGCUGGAAUUGCCUUGGUGAUUGGCUCAGGACACGAUCACAGUGUCCAUACUGCAGGGAGCAUGUAACCCCAUCCAGAAUCGUGUAUCUCAUGAAUCUUUGAUGGUAACACAAUAAUUCUGGGUAUUAAAUAUUAAAAUUGAUUCACUAGUUGAGGGAGUAACAAGCAUAAUAUAUUUUUUUAUAUGCAAAAAUAUCAAGAAUUUUAUUUCCUCGUCCACUUAUACCAAAAAGGUGCCUUAUUCACAAUAUUUAAUAGACUUACACUCGAUUUUAACACUCCCCAGUGUUCGUUAAACUUUCAUUGAACAAAUUAAUCGGAAAUACUGUGAAUUAACAACGGUGGUAUUUAUCAAUGAUUUAUGGUCACAAUGAUGUGCGUUGUACAGUCAGGCCCACUUUUUCAGCAAAAUUACCAAGUAGUUGGCCUAAACCACUUGACUCGGAGUUCUCUUUCAUUCUAAAGCCAACUGUAUUGUAUGUGCUGUAAAAUAAUUGGCGUAAUGCGGAAAGUUUCUCUCUUCGUGUUCUGAAAUAAUUACAUAAAUUUCGUUAAUCAAGGUUAAUAAAAUAACAACCUAAAAACGAAUUAGAAUAAUAAAAGAAUAGAAUAGGAAUCGAUUCCAGAGAAGGUUUCAGGAGAAGCGAAAAAAAUAAAGAUAAACACGAGAGAAUCGAUGCCAGGGUUCCACGAAUAAAAUGAAGUCUUGAUGCCCUGUGCCUAUAUUAUUUUUAGAAAUGUGUUUUGUUCUUCUAAUUAUUAUUUUUCAUUUAAGUUUCAUUGAUAUGUAUUAAUAAACGUGGGAACAAAGACACAGUUCUAGAAGUUCCCAUAGACAUUCCGCUUCUCCUACGGACAACGGAAAUGUUAGAAAUUAAAUUUUUAAGAUUUCUGUUGUCUGAAUCCCUCCGCAGCUCAUAUCCUCUCCGAAGUAUCCGAAUAAAAAUGUAUUGAAGCGAAGCCUACUUGGCAGAGACAACUACUCCACUUAAUUAUAUAUUUUGCAAUUGACUAUCGUCAUUCAAAACAUAUAAUUAACCGUUUCCAAUAAUUGAUAUUAAGCAGGACAUAAUAAAUCAUUUGGUCGGCUUUGACUUAAUAGAAAUGAAAUGAUUCAUUUCAUUUCGAAUGAAUAUUACUUCGAUAGUUUCAACUAAUAAUAAAAAACUAACGAAUUAAAAUUAACGAUUAAAGUACGAUCACUCACUGUGCUGAAGGAACAGCAGAUUCAUCUUCAACAAUCGUUGUAGUUGAGUCCUGUGAUGUUGGCCCCGAGCAAGUGCUGCAGUUUGACUUGUUGCAUGAAAGCCCACAAGGGGGCACGUGCUCAGUCAUGAUAGUCGAGGUGGUUGAGCCACGAAGGCUCCCAGUCCCUGAUAUCAUUUGCCACGAGCCAGUGGAAGACAUUGAUUCGUUUCGUUGACGAAGACGGGUGGAAACAGGUACUGCUACAGGGGAUGUGCGAUUCUGGGAUAAGGGCGAGCGUGAGGCGACUGUGUCUUUUUGAGGGGACCCGUAGUAAGUCCAUGUUAAGACAUUCCUGGGGACAAAACAUUAAUCACCAUCGAGGGAAAUCGCUGACUGAGGGGUGGGGAGAAUCUAUUGUGGUAUUGUUUGAAUUUAUCCAUUAGGGGGACUACUCUGGGAACACAAAUUUUAUGUCACGAGGUAUGAACGAUAACGAUUAUGCCAUGGAAAAUAUAUUAUCUUUCUUGCCUCUGACAUGCGAUUCAAUGUGUUUCACAUUUUUUACGAAAUUAAAUUUCGUUGAGAAAGAUGCGAAAACUUAAUCGAAAUUCACCUUUGAAAAAUUACAAUUUUUAUGGAUAUAAAGGUUAUCAUGAAAAAUAUCGUCUACUUUCUCUUGAUUGUGGGAGAAAUCUGAAGAGUAAUAGACUAACAUUUGUCUUGAAUUACUACGGUAUUCAUUGUCUUGUUACUGGAUUUUACCCAUUGGUAUUAGAAUCUUCUGGCCCAUCGUUGGAAGAACACGGGAAAAUAUUCGGUGGAUUGUUCUCUUGACUAUCUCGGCUGUUCUGGCUCAAGGAACUGCACCAGCUAUUCAAACUUAUGUUCGAACUUACUGAACUGUGAGUUACCACUGAUUCAGUUUCGAACAUAACGUUGUCUAGCUGGGAAUCACUAUCAUUCCGUAAGACUGAGUGCCUAUUGCGAGGGUGCUUUGGAUUGAUACUGUACUCCUCUUCGAGAAUGUGCUUGAGGAAGAAGAAACAAAAGAAGAAAA